GUCACCUUCGUCUCCGAGUCCCUUCAUCCCACUUGAUAGAAGAAUCAUGCCAUUGGUAUAUUACAACAACCACGAUCCUUUCUACCGCUCAACAUGGGCUGGUCUUCGCCGGAUAGUUGGCCUACAAGGCUCUUCUCCGGCGACCCUCUUGCCAUCUUGAUUGCUUUCCUGGUCACAAUAUCCCUCCCAUUGCUCCUACACCUCUAUUUCUACACCCAGACUGCGCGUGCCAAAGUUGUGCCUACUUUUCUCCUUCUGGGACCAAGCGGCGCUGGCAAGACUUCUCUUGUCUCUCUACUGCAAAAACGAUCCGAGAAUCCAGAAGAAUGGGACCCGUCCGCUACCCGUAUAUCCCAAGUAUCCUCCAAUUUCAGCUUACUUUUGCCUGCCUCGGUGCCCUUGGGAUCCAAUAAAUAUCGCUCCGAAAACGAUGUCUCCCUCAAAAGCAAGCAACCGACUCGAUAUGUCAUGAUAGAUACACCUGGGCAUGGAAAACUGAGGACCGAACAAGCUCUGUCUCAAAUACAAAAUCCUGCAUUGCGUGGGAUUAUCUUCGUCGUUGACAGCAGUGUCCUCGACUCGGGUGAUUCAGCUGCAUCUCGUGAUACUGCAGUGUACCUGCACGAUACACUGCUAGCCCUACAGCGACGAGUCACAGGAAAGACAAAGACAAAUACAGAGAUACCUGUCCUUAUUGCGGCAAACAAGCAGGACUUAUUUACUGCUCUGCCUGCUGGGGCGGUGAGAGAACGACUACAAGCAGAGAUUGAGAGAGUGAGAGUCUCGAAGAGCAAAGGGCUGACAACAGUGGGACAAGAGUCAGAUGCAGACACAGAAGGAGAUGUUCUUGGCGGAGGGGGGGAGGAUCAGUUCACGUUCAAGUUGAUGGAGGACGAGUACAAUAUUCGCGUUGAUGUUCUCGGAGGCGCAGUCAAAGGCGAAGAGGCAGGGAAAGGUGUGAGAAGAUGGGAGCAAUGGAUUGGAGGCUGCUUAUGAUUGUUCGAACCACGAUUCAGAUCGAUCCCUCAUCUGGCUAAAAUAAGACGAGUCUGUCGAGGGCCCCUUUGGCAACCGAUCCGUCGGAGAGCUUGCUAUCCCAAGACUUGACUGAUGUCUGGGUGAAGGAGACAUUCCGAUGCCGAACAAUUCGCCAUCUGUCGUCCUUCCUCGAUCCUGCUGGCAACCUUUGCGGUUGAUCAGCGUUGCGGCCUCUGCGCCAGAUUGCUGAGAUCUCGGUGGCAUACCCGGAAAGAAACCUCAUAUGAUCCCUUGGCCGAAAGGGUCGUCUGGAUCCCGAGGUCGAUUUCGAAACUCAUCCUGUACGGCUCCCGGAAGGUCAUUAUAAUUCUCGGGUCCCAUGUCGACGGGAAUGCUCCCGACUCCUUCUUUGAGAUACAGCAAUAGUCGAUAUGCGCUGUUGCCGUUCAGAUAGUAUCGGUGAAGUUUCUUGCUUCUCAAGAAACCUAACCGCUCGUACAAUUUCAUUGCUGCAGUA